AUGAAGGAGAAGGUGCUUCAGCGCAAGGCUGAGGCGCAGGAACGCGUGGACAUGCUACAGAAAGCCAUUGAGGAGUCCAAAGAUGACCUGAAGCAGUGCAAAGCAAGGCAACGUUCGGACGUCUGCGCAAAGCUCAAGGCGCAGCUGGACGAUGCCGUAAAGGAUCUCACCAUCCAUCUGGAGAUGUCAAACAACCAGAAAAGUUCCCACAAUUUUGGUGCCGAAACCCGGGAGAACGUCAGGGAACUCACUCUGGCAAACAGACACUCAACGGAAGCUGCGACAGCCUCACGCAGUGAAGCCAACGAACAACGUGAACGAGCGACUGCAAUGGAGAAACUGAAGAAAAAACGAGCGGUCGUCCGAGCUGCGGUCACCAGGAUUAUCAACGAGAUGACCACAGCAAUGAAAGGAGCUCCAUCGCAGCAAGGUGAGCUUGACGAAAAACUUUCUCUCCUUGCUUUAAAAGAAAAAUCGCUUCGUGAGCUUGACCAACAAGUAGCCGACCUGACCGACGUGAACGAUAUCGAGGAGGAAACGGAAGCUAGCCUCGGUUAUGAAGAUGCUAUCAGCAUAGCCAGAACUAGAGCCUUGAGGCAGCUACAAGAAGUCACGAACAACGAGACAACCUCCUCUACCUCUAGCAACGUGUCGCGUAUGGAGGUACAAAGGGGUAACGGCGCAACUGUCCCAAACGUAAAGCUACCCAAAUUGGAGUUACCGAAGUUCAACGGAGAGCUGGCGGAGUGGCAGACAUUCUGGGAUCAGUUUCAAUCGUCAAUCGACCAGAACCCAGCAUUGUCUCCCGUAGACAAGUUCAAAUAUCUCAAAGUGUAUCUGGUCGGCCAAGCGGAGUCUGUCAUCAAAGGUAUUCCGGUAACCGGGGACAACUAUGGCACGGCCGUAGAACUACUGAGGAAGAGGUUCGGCCAACCCUCCGUCAUCGUCAACGAUCACCUCACGCACCUGUUGAACGUUAAACCAAUCACUAUGUCAGACGCGGCGAAUGGGCUCCGCAGGCUCUAUGACGAUGUGCAGACACGCAUGCGGAGCCUCAAAAGCUUGGGAGUUGACUCAGAUUCGUAUGGGGUACUGUUGCACACUGUUCUCCAGAGAUCUCUUCCUCCUGAGCUCAUUCUCAGAUACAAUCGGAGUUUGAUUGUCGAAAAGCGACCACAGACCGAAGGUAGAGACGACCUCGCGAGGUUGCUUGAGUUUAUUGAAAUCGAGGUGGAAACCAGAGAAAAAUGCCGACAGCUCACUCCCCACGCGAACCAACGAACGGCACCCGAAUCGCGCCACCGAGAGUUUCGCUCCGAAAAGGGAGGCUCUGCGGCAGCAUUGACCAGUGCCGCGAAGUCAGAAAUGAGGCGCUGCGUAUUCUGCGGCUCUAACGAGCACAUCUUGGAGAACUGUACGUCACCCCUUACGAUCCAAGAAAAGAAGGAAAAACUGAAGGCGGAGAACAGGUGCUUUCGGUGCACAAAGCAGUUCCAUCGCUCCCGAGAGUGCAGGUCCGCCCAGAAACUAUCGUGCGCAAGGUGUUCUAGGAGACAUCUAACCGUGAUGUGCGACCCCGAGUGGGCAGGAGCAGGGCAGUCGACGAGCUCUGACUCAAACCCGCCUCAGUUUAUUGGCAUCUCGAGCGCCUGUACAACCAGCCACAAUCAGGUGCUCCUUCAAACGGCCAGGAUGCGAGCGAGGGGUCAGACCGAGACUUCCCUGCGAGCACUAAUCGAUGGAGGCAGUCAGCGAACCUUCAUCCGUCGAGACACCUCCGAAAAACUUCGAUGUAGACCAGUUGGAGAGGAGGAGUUAACGAUAUUCGCUUUCGGUGAGUCGGCGCGUGGUACGAAAAGAAGAUGCCGCCGGGUGGAGCUUAUACUUCGAAGCCACCACGGAGACGCCGAAAUCGUCAUCGAGGCCUUGGAGGUUCCGGAGAUCUGCGGAGAGAUUUUGGGCAUCACUGAUGGUGAUCUGAUCAACAGCCUACAAGGGCAAGGGAUCACACUCGCUGAUCUACCUGUGGGGGACUGUCAAAGGGAGCGUGGAGUGAGCAUUCUAAUAGGAGCGGAUUACUAUUGGAGGGUCACCACCGGGAACGUGCAUCGCGUCAGCCCUUCACUGACCGCCGUGGAGACUAUCUUCGGGUGGUCUCUGCAGGGCCCCCUGAAGGUGAACAACGCUGCCAACGUAUGCGCAACGACAGCCGUCUUCAGAGUCAACGUUGACGAGACCCCAGGGUGCAUCGCAACUGAACUGCGUGCAUUCUGGGAUCUUGAAAGCCUUGGCAUUAAGGACACCUUCCAGAGUAGCGAAGGUAAUGAGCCAUCGAAAGAACUGGUGACUUCUUUCAACUCGUCCCUGAUAAUGACUGACGGCAGAUACGAGACCCGCCUCCCUUGGAAGACCUCAGAGCGUCAAUUGACGAACAACAAGGAGGUUGCUUCUAUGCGCUUGACAGCCUUGCUGAAGAAACUUCGCCGAGACAACUGCCUGCUAACGCAGUAUGACAAGUCGAUAAGGGAAUAUAUGAGCAACGGCUUUGCUGAAAGAGUUCCCCCUGAGGAUGAAGACGGGCCCAUUGGCAUGACACAACAUCGCUGGGGAAUGGUCGGACUGGUGUUCCCAACUUUCUGCGCUUCGGGAGAUGUCGAUUCCACGAAGAUACACCAGCCUGAAGGGGGACAGCGACGUCACGACUGUCCAACUUCAUCUGUUUUCCGACGCUAG